CUGAGAUUAUUGAUCUGCUAAGAUGGUGUCUGCUGAAGCUGCUCGUAACGUUGUUGGGAUUAUCGGGAAUGUCAUCUCCUUCGGCCUAUUUUUAUCUCCAGUUCCAACAUUUUAUCGCAUUUGUAAGAAGAAAGAUGUGGAAGAGUUUCAACCUUAUCCUUAUGCUGCGACGGUGUUGAACUGCUUGUUUUGGAUUCUCUAUGGGCUGCCGAUAGUUAAACCAGACAGCACUCUUGUUGUGACCAUUAACAGUGUUGGUCUUGUAUUGGAGCUGAUCUACUUGAGCAUAUUUUGCAUUUUUGACACGCAGAAUAAGGGGCGGAAGAAGGUUUUUAUUGUGCUUUUUGGCGAAGUAAUCUUUAUGGCCGCUAUUGUUGUAAUCACUUUGCUAGCUUUCCACACUCAUGAGAAAAGAAUUCUUUUUGUGGGAGUUUUCUGUGACAUCUUCAACAUUUUGAUGUACGCUUCACCUCUUACUAUAGUCAAAAAGGUUGUGACCACAAGGAGUGUGGAAUUCAUGCCAUUGUCCCUUUCAUUGGCCAACUUCCUUAAUGGCUGUGUCUGGACAGCUUAUGCUCUCAUCAGAUUUGAUAUAUUCAUGCUGGUCAGCAAUGGUCUUGGAGCUUUCUUUGGUUUUCUCCAGCUCGUCCUUUACGCCUUCUACUACAAAUCCACUCCUAAACGUGGUAGUCAAGAUGUGAAGCCAUCUGAGAUCCAGCUCCCCGCUUCAGAUGCAGCCUCCAGAGCAUGAGGCAUGCAAUUUGAUCUCACCGACCCUGCCCUUGAAGUUCCAGUUUUUGCCUGCAAUAACUUUUAUUUAAUCAACUUCUCUCUUUGGCAUCGAUGCUCACCUUUGGAUUGUCAGGGAUAUAUAUACUUCUCAUUUUUGGUUUGGGUGAAAUGCUGUAGUUGAGUUCUUGGGAUAUUUUCAAGCUCAUUGUGGAUUUCACUCGGUUAAAAUGUCAAGUUUUGGGUUUUUAA